UGGCAGGGUUUCUCCCGCUACUAUCAAUAGCCUGGCAAAGGCUGGAACUAUCUUGCGGCGGACCCUGAACGGUCGGGCUCUAGUCGUGCUUGGGGACCGGGGUGGUUCCACAUCCAGUCCGGAGUAUGGUCUCUCGCGCUGAGUGAGAGCGAGAGUGAGAGGAUUGUAUGGUGCCCAGGUCGAGUGCCGCCAGAUCCGAACGCUUAUAAAAGUCUAUCGUUACUUUGCCCGGGCAAUCCACCGUCACUCGCUUUCUACCCCCAACUGCACCGAUUGCCUUCUGCCCACCAUGUACUUCUCCGUGACUCUGCUGGCAUCCCUGGCGGGCUCUGCCCUCGCUCUCCCCGGUCGCCACACUCCCAUUGCCAACGGCACGGUGACCCCUUCCAGCUCGUUCUCUACUCUGGUUCCUACCCCGAGCAAGAACGGCACCGUCACCACCCACUACCCUCCCACCACUGGCAACCCCCAGAGCACGGGAGCCACGGUCACCGAAACCGGCUCCGUGUCCACCAUCACCUCCACCAUCACCCGGACGACCUUCGAGCCCUGCUCGACCGCCGUCAGCACUCGGGAUGGCACCACCUACUACAGCACCUGGCUCAGCACCUCGCUGUAUGAAACCACCACCUGCUUCACCACCACCGUCGGCUCCACCCCGCAGACCACCGUCACCAACCUCCCCGGCACCGCCGAGACCACCGUUCCCACGGCGCACCCCGGCGGACCGGGCGCGUCGAACUGCCCGGCGCCCGUGACGGUGACGGUGACCGAGACGGUCAAGGAGGGCUCCGGUUCGGUUCCCACCCUCCAUCCUGGCAAGCCCUGUGCGCGCUGCGAGACCGUCACCUACACCAACACCGAGGGACACACCAAGACCAUUGUCAUUCCCCCGUCCGGGGAGCCCACCGCAGAGCCCACGGGUGAGAAGCCGGGCCAUUCGACCGCGACGACGACUGUCCUUUCGGGCACGGAGUCGGCUACCACUACGGCGAAGCCCACUUUUACGCACACCCGCCCCAUCGGCAACGGCACCUACCCUUCCCACACGUCGCCCGUCAGCAGCUCCGUGGGAAGCGGUAGUGCGCAGCCGUCGAUCACUCCCUCCCUCCGCCGGGUUGCCUGGAAGCCCAUUUACUAGGGGACCAGAAGUCUGGUAAACCCCGGGACCAAGGCUGAUACGCGCAAGGAUAUUUUAUGGACUGAAUGAGUGUCACGAGAUAAAUCAGAUAGAGACUGUUACGAUAAAUAUACUGUUGUGCUUCAUAUUGGAAUCAGCUUCGUUGUACACGCUCUCUU